AUGGCAGAGAACAAACACAUGAGCUGGCAAACAUCACAAGAGGGCCCUUAUACUGAUUUUAAUGGAUUGUUCGUUUGGAUAACAUUGGUCAAGAUGACUGAAGAUAUGGGACUGGAGGUUUUACGAGGACAGGGCGUUGAUGCUCUUCAGCCGGUGUCCAGAAUGGUGCGGGUGUUCAUCAGCUCCGUACACUCAGAUAUGAAAAAUGAGAGAACUGCAUUCUGGGAGAAGACCUAUUCUGAAUUGCAGGCUUACUGUCAAAGUCUGGAUCUCAUCUUCGAGGUAGUGGAUUUCAGAUGGGGAGUACGUGACAUCAUCACAUCUGAUCACAUGACAGCUGAGCUCUGCAUUAAAGAAAUUGAGUCCUGUCAGAAGAUAUCAGAUGGGCCGACUUUUAUUGCUCUGCUUGGUAACCAGUAUGGCCAUCGCCUCAUCCCUCGCCUCAUACCAGAGACUGAGUUUGAGUUGCUGCUUUCGAAACUUCCCAACGAUCCACAGGGUUCAAAGCUGCUUAACCAAUGGUUCUCCAAAGACAGCAACUCAGUCCCGCCCACAUAUAUCCUGCAACCGAUCACAGCUCAUUAUCCUCAUUACAAUGAUAAGGGGUCUGAGAGUGCAGAGUUGCGAGAUAAUGAUGUCAUAUCCUGGAAUCUGACAAAGUCACGGCUCUUGCAGGCUCUUCGUACUGCUGCUGUAAAGGCUGAGAAAGAUGGAGACCUCAGUGCAGAGAGCAAACACAAGUUUUUCAAGUCUGUUCUGGAGUACGAGAUAGAGCACGGCUUCCUCAAGUCUCAGAAAGAUGCAUCUGCUGUGCUGUUUAUCCGCGAAUUGCCUCGACUUAGUAAAAGAGAGGGCAAGAGAAACUUCGCCAAGUUUAUGUUGGACGUGACGGCCGACGGCUUGCUGGACACAGAAGCCCGCGAGCUCUUGGCCGAACUGAAGCAGCGCGUUUCCAACACAGGUCGCCUUCAACCUCUCCGCAUGGAGCUCAACAAAGGGGCCAUGGACCCAAAACAUAAGGAACACAAGGAAUACAUGAAAAAACUGUGUGAGCAAGUAACAUCUCAAAUGAAGGAACUGAUCAGCAGGCAAGCUCCUCAAACAUCGGGAGAUCUAGGGUGGAGCUGGCUGAAACAGGAGAUUUAUCAUCACAACCGGCUGAAGGUGGAGAAAUGCUCUGUGUUUAAAGGCAGGGACAGUGUCCUGGGAAAGAUCUGCAUCACCAUGUGGGAGUCCAAUAGCAUGAAACAUGAGCCAUUGCUUGUUCAUGGACCUUCAGGAGUUGGUAAAACAGCUCUGCUUUGUAAACUUUCACAGGAAAUGCUGAGUGUCCUGGACCAGCGGUCGGUGGUGGUGCUCAGGUUGCUGGGCACAUCUCCACACAGCUCAGAUGUUAACUCUGUUCUCAGAGGUGUUUGUCUUCAGGUGUGUGGAGCUUUGGGGUUGCAACCCCCAGGUCCGCGGGUUGCCAACACGUAUGAAGAUCUCAUCAAGUUCUUUCAUUCCAUGUUGGAUCAAGUGUCAAAGCAAGGAGACUCACUUCUGAUCAUUUUAGACACAGUGGAGACGCUGUUUGAGACAACCAAGGCCUAUAAACUAAACUGGAUACCUAAAGAGAUCCCACCUAAUGUACAUAUAGUGCUCUCGGUUUCCGAUGACUGUGUUGACCAAUUCAAAGCUUUGGUUUUAGAAGAAAGAAACAUCUUCAGAGUAGAACUUCUUACAGCUGAUGAGGGAAAAGAAAUCAUUGAUGCCUAUAUGACAGCAGCAGGACGUCAGCUGACCUCAGAACAGUUUGACACCAUCCUACACAGCUUCCAGGAAAGCGGAAGCCCACUGCAUCUGAAACUCAUGCUGGAUGCUGCCAAACGGUGGUCCUCCUAUACCUCAGUGUCUGAUGUUCACCUGGGUAUCACUGCACAGGAAGUGAUGACACAGUUUGUAAAGAAUCUUGAGGAGAAUCAUGGGAUGAAGCUUGUUAGUCAUGCACUGAGUUUCAUCUUGUUAUCACGACAUGGAUUAUCCGAGGCAGAGCUACAAGACGUCCUGUCUUUAGAUAAUGAUGUUCUGGCUGAGACAUAUAAGCAUUGGCUUCCUCCAUGUCACACAAUUCUGCGAUUCCCUCGACUUCAAUGGUCCCGUCUCUGGCAUGACCUUAGAGAUCACCUGACGGAGAGAUGGGAAGGUGGAGUUGUUCUUCUGGCCUUCUCCCACAGGCAUUUCUCAAAGCUGGUAAGGGAGAGAUACCUGUCGGUCGGUUUGAAAGCCGAUUUGCACGGCAUCCUCGCCGAUUAUUUCUCAGGGAAGUGGAGUGCGGGGCAACUCAGACCGAUCCUUCUGCCCUCGCUGGGGACUAUUCUCAAUGCUGAUAGAAAGGUACCACCCCAGCCUUUGAGGUUCACAGCAGAAAACGCCAAUGUGCGGAAGCUCUAUGAAUUGCCCUAUCAUCUUGCUCAUGCAGGCAAAUGGGAGGAGCUAUGCCAAUCAGUGCUCGGGAGUCUGGAUUGGCUGUGCUGUAAAACAGUGACAUGUGGUGUUGGCUGUGUUAUUCAGGAUCUGUCACUCUGUACUGAGCUCACAGACUGUCCAGAGAUAGAAAUGCUGAAAGAGACUUUUCUGCUACUAAAGCCCACAUUAGAUUUAAGUGACGGUCAGCUCGAUCCCUCACUUUUGGUCACAGAGAUCUUCACUCGACUGCAGGCUCUCAUUGAUCUUUACCCGUCUAUGAUUGGUCAGUUGUGUUCUCAGUGUGUGAACUGGUUUGGUUCCUGUACCGACCCAGUGCUUGUGCCCAAAUGCAGCUUCCUUCAGGCCCCCGGAGGCCCAUUGAAGGGAACCCUCACUGGCUUCUCAAAAGGGGUGAGGACUGUCAGUCUGUGCUCAAAGAGACAGUUGCUGAUAGCGGGUUCAGAGGAUGGACAGAUCAUCGUCUGGAGCCUGAGACAUCUGAAUACUCUUCACACUCUUUCUGGACACACAGCGGGUGUGCUUUCUCUGAAGCUGACGUACACAACCAAUCACUGUUUGUCUACUGGUCUUGAUGGCACGCUAAGAAAAUGGUGCCUCACUGGUGGACAACAGCUUUUCUGCAUCCCUGAUGCGGUUUCUGUCCAAACACACACCCCUACACACAUCCAUAUGAUUGAGGAAAAAAAGAUUAUCUUAACCAACCCAAGCGGACAAGUUAAAGCUUGGCAUUUGGACACUGCAGAGCUCCUGUAUGAGGUCCCAGUGGAAGUGUGUUCUCUUCUUGGUGUUGUGGGUGAUACAGUAACAUGUAUGUGCAGUGACGGGACGCUCUGUUUUUAUGACGCAUCCACCGGCAUGCAGAAUUCCCAGACCACCCUACCUUUCUCGGACCGCAGUGUCACCUGCUCCCUGACCCUCACUAAACACUCAAAGACCCUCAUUGCUUUCGAAGAAGGCCAUCUGUAUUUGGUGUGCACUGAUGGUGUCCAGUCUAAGGUUUAUCUUCCCUCUCCGGCUUUGUUUCUCAAUACAUCUGAGGAUGAGAAGUUGCUGUUUGCAGGAUGUGAAAGAACGUUAUGCGUGUUCCUCGUCACGCUCGUCUCCAUGCACAAGGUUCUGGAUCUUCAGCAUGAUGCACCUGUCCUGUGUGCCGUCUCAAAGAGUGACAGUAGCGAAAUCAUUACGAGUGCUCAGGAUCGGAUUAUGCGGGUUUGGAGUGUGACCACCGGAGCAUUGCUGGACUGGAUCAGUGGAAUGGAUUCUGCCGUGUCCUCAUUGGCUGUUCAUCAGCGUACCGUCAUCUCUGCCUCCGCUAUUAACAGCUCACUUAAAAUCUGGCACCUGGACUACAGCACCAAGAAUAGGAUCAAAAGCUGCAUCCCUGCAUACUGCCCCCUAGUGGUCCUGUCUAAAGACGGAGAUACCGUUUACUACGUCAAAGAGGGAAAUAAAACAGAGGUUUACACAUGGAGCUUUUCGGCAGGUCUACAGUCAGGCAGUAUGGACGUCUCCUCAGAAGUGUGCUGCAUGGAAUUAGCCCAAAAGAAACAUUUACUCUUCUGCGGGCUGCGUACUGGUACCAUCCUCAUUUACCCGUUCGAUUUUGCCCUGGAAACGUUGUGCCUGCCCCCUCCAGAAAGCCUACCCAUGGUACGUAGCAUGGCCAUCAGCUCUAAGGAGGACAGAAUCGCGGUGGCGUACGAGGACGCAGUCUGUUUGUUUGAAAUCACGGCGAGGGAUAGUUUUCCCUGCGUGGAGGGCCCGUUUGAAAGGUACUCGCUGUGUCUGCUGCACUCCGCGAUUUCCGCCAUGGCUCUGCUGUCCGACUGCAGGCUGCUCUAUGGGACCUUCGGAGGCGAAGUGGUGAUCUAUGACUUUAAGAACGCCACGGCGUCCGAGCUGGAUCACCAUGGCACCGCUAUCACCUGCAUCACUUUGAGCAACUGGGAUGAGAAUGCUCUGAUUGGCUCGCAAGAUUGUGUGCAGAAGUUAUGGAAUAUGAACCCAGUCUUGCUGGAUCACACCAUGGAGUAUAAGGGGUUUUACUUCGAAGGGGUUCUAUGUGCCGUCUUCUCAACAAAUGACAAAUACGUCUUCACUGGAUCCCUGGAUAAAACCAUCAAAGUGUGGGAUGUUGCUACUGGGUGUUUGCUGUAUAUUCAGUUCGUAUACUCCCCAGUUAUAAAGAUGAUGUCGUGCAAUGAUGGAUUUGUAGCCGUGUCUCAGCAUGGCUCCUUUAUCAAGGAAGGUUUCCGCUGUCCGGACAUCCUCAAACCGGGACACAACCCCCUCCCAAACUUCAGAGCGCAUUACAGGGUCACUUCCCGUGAGAAAAGCCAGAUCGCUGCUCCGCACACCAUAAUCAGAGAUAUCCCAGACUACAACCCUGCUCAGUUUAACUUCAUUGGCAUGAUGAAAACUAAACCAUCUAACACAUGUGCUCUGCUGUGAGGAUGUUGUACGAGUUGUUUAUAGGAGCGUUGGGAGUAAUGAAAAUUAGCAAUGUUGUUUACUUUUCACUAGCAUGACAAUAGCUUGGCUGUUUUGGAAAAUAGCUUACAGGGGAUUUGUGUAUUUUUCAACACAUAGGGGUACUACCUGCUAACUUUUAGUAGUAAUCCAAUGCUACAAUUGUAUUGGAAUUGUCCAUUUAUUUAUUAUUAAUUAGUUAAAAUGUAUUCUUUACACAAAAGUUCUUACAUCACAAUUAAUGUUUUUUUUUGUGUGUGUGUGUGGCUGAAUUUUAAUUUAAAUGCUGCUGUUUUUAACAAAAGUUAAUACCACAAAAAGUAAUACAAAUGUUUAUGUUGUUUAGUUUUAAUGUUAACAUUGUGUGUAAUUUUAUUAAUUCUCUUCAAUGGUUAAUAUAUUUUAUAUAUAAACAAUUUUAAGUAGCUUUACUUUAAUUUAAUUAGAAUUUUUUAUUUUUAUUACUAGGGCUGUCAAAAGAUUA